CCAGUGCAACAUCAAGACCUCAGGGGGAAGCAUCACCAUCACUCAUCAUCACCAAGGCUAUCCCACACAAUAUAUCCAAGAUGGGCAGGAUUGUCUUCUACGAGGACAAGAACUUCCAGGGCCGUCGCUAUGAGUGCGACAGUGACUGCUCAGAUUUUCACACCUACCUGAGCCGCUGCAACUCCAUCCGGGUGGAGAGUGGAGCCUGGGUGGUGUACGAGAGACCAAACUACAUGGGCUACCAGUAUGUCUUGAGCAGGGGGGAGUACCCAGAGUAUCAGCGCUGGAUGGGACUGAACGACCACCUCAGUUCCUGCAAGAUGAUCCACUUUACCAGUGGGACCCAGUACAAGAUGCAGCUUUAUGACAAGGCCGACUUUGGCGGCCAGGCCCUGGAGGCCACAGAGGACUGCCCCUCACUUCUGGAAAAGUUCCGCUGGAGGGAGGUCAACUCCUGUAAGGUCUACGAUGGUUGGUGGGUUUUCUACGAGCACUCCAACUACCGUGGACGUCAGUACUUCUUGGAGAAGGGAGAAUACCGAAAGCCUGGGGAUUGGGGUGCUGCCAGUCCUGCUGUCCAGUCUUUUAGGCGCUUCACUGAAUAAUUUAAACUCCAUCCAAAAAUAUCAAGAAGACUGUCUGGGCAUUAUGAGUUAAAGAUUUAAUUAGAACCUUCAUCAACCAUGUUUGCGAUUUUGAACUAAGGUCUCAAAAAUAAAACCUGCAAGUAAGCACAAUAA